AUGGCACAGCGGUGGCGCAAGGCCCCGCUGGCCUUGGUGGUCCUGCUGAGCAUUGUCGCCCUCGCGCAGAAUGCCACCAUCGUCAACGAUGCCGCAACGCUCCAGGAGUUCGCUGCAUCAAUAGAGAACUGGGAUGAGUUCAGCACGGCAAAUAAUUAUGUCUGGAACAGCUCCCUCCCCACCUGCGUCUGGAAGGGCGUGACGUGCUCCUUCGCAGGCCGAAUCCAAGCACUGACCCUGCAAUGCAGCGGGUGCAGUGUGCUUGCGGAGGGCACCGUGCCGGCCUCCCUCUCCCAGCUGGACGCGCUGGAGACCCUGAAUCUGCAAUUCAACGAGUUCACCUCCUCCCUGCCGGAGGAGUGGGGGACCUCGGGCGCAUUCCCGGUCAUGCGGAACAUGUUCCUGAGCAAUAACAACUUCACUGGCACAGUGCCGGAGAGCUGGGGGGCCGAGGGGGCGCUGCCUAACCUCCAGCUCCUGCGCCUGGACUCCAACGCCCUCACGGGCUCCCUGCCGGCCUGGAACGCCUCCUCCCUGCCCGCGCUCCUUGUCCUGUGA